AUGGCUAAAUUGGAACGAUUACGACGAUUACGUGAUGAAGAAGGCUUGAAUUUUACAUAUUAUUUUUUUUCUUGCAAAUUUUCUGCAUUGCAAGAAAAAGCUGAUUUAUAUAUUCGGAAAAUUUUUUCAGGAUUAGAUCCUGGAAGAGGAGAAGAAUUUAAUGAAUUAUAUGCUAAGGAGCGAAAAGAAAGAAGCGAAAGAGAGGAAUCACGUGGAAAACGACGUAAAAGACGUUAUAAGCAAGAAUUAAAAGAUGUGCAACGUGUAGAUGUUGAAAGUAUUCGUGAUGUGCUACGUAAACGAUUAAAAGGCGAAAAAAUUGACGAUCAUUAUCAGCGAUACGACGAUAAAGCUGAUCUUCGAAGUGAUAAGAGUGAUAAUGAACGUAGAAUUCAUGAUUACAAAAAUCGUAGCAGUAAACAAUUGCAGACAAUGAAAGGUAGCCGAACUUCGUGGCUAUUUAAAUCACCCAAAGAACGUCAGAAAGAAUUGAUUCAGCGACAAUUAGAAUUACGUCGAAAGGUACGAUCACAAGAAAUAUUAUCCAAACGACAGAAACUAAUCAGCGAUCGCAAAAUUGCAGCAGAUAGAUUGGUGAAAUCUUCUAAUAGAUCGAAGGAAAGUUUGUCAACAUCUCAAUUGAAUGAUAUCUCAACAGCUCGAUUAAAUGAUAUUUCGACAGCUCAAACUCGUAGUUCCUCAAAGGGAAUUCGAAAAAACCGGAAAAGACAUCAAACAGCACGGAAUAUUGUUGAAGAAGAUUUAAAGNCAUCUCAAUUGAAUGAUAUCUCAACAGCUCGAUUAAAUGAUAUUUCGACAGCUCAAACUCGUAGUUCCUCAAAGGGAAUUCGAAAAAACCGGAAAAGACAUCAAACAGCACGGAAUAUUGUUGAAGAGGAUUUAAAGCAACGCUUGAAACAAAUGGAUUUCAAACUAAAGCCUGCAAAAAUUCCAAAAACAAAAGCAAGAUCUGAAAGGUCUACAACUUCACAUAGCAGAUCAAGCGAUACAGGAACGGUGACUAGCAAUAGCGAUGAAUCAGUAAAAAAUUCAAAACGUUAUCAAAGAUCUGAUCGAAGGAUGCGAGAUCAAAAAUCAGACAAGCAAAUUUAUGCAAAUAAACUGAAAUAUUCCGGUAAAAGUAGCCAUCUGCUAUCACGGAAAAAACGAAAAAUGAAUGUUAUGAAGAAACCUUAUCAUUCCAAAUCACAAAAGAAGAUAAGCAACAACUUAGUUACACCUACUAACAGCACUUCUGAUACUAUUAACAGUCAGAAGCACUCAAUCAAAAAAUCAUCAGAAUCAAAAAAAGGAGAUUCAGAAUCUCAAUUCAGAGAUUCAGUAACUGAGAAAAUCAGACUAAAAGAUAAGAAAAUGAUAAAUAAUAGAAGAAAAAGAAGGAAAGAGAAACUGAGCAAAAUGGAUAGUUUGCAAAAAUCGAAGAGUAAAAAUCAUGAAAAUUUGAAGAAAGCGUUAAAUCAUCGAUCGAAAAAUAAAAUUCAAAAUCAUCGAUCGAAAAAUAAAAUUCAAAAUGGGAAGGGAAUAUUUUCUGACAGUAAAGAAAAGGCAACCAAACAGCUGUCAGGACAAAAAAAAUUAAAUAAGCAUUCUUCAAAUAUUAGAAAAACUAGCAAAGUAAAACGAAAUUUGAAUAAAGGAUCAAAUCAACAAUCAUGCAAAAUAUUUCCAUCACCACCAAUAUCAACAACAUCAUCGUCAAAAAGCAUGAAAUUGAAGAAAGAUCAAUUUGAUGAUAAAAAUUCUACAAGUGAUCAACGAACUAUAAAAACUGCAAAAUCGUCUAGAAGUCAUACUACUCAUACUAAUUCUAACAAA